AUGGCCAAGUUCAAGGAGGCGGUGACGUUCAAGGACGUGGCUGUGGUCUUCACCGAGGAGGAGCUGGGACUGCUGGACGCUGUCCAGAGGAAGCUGUACCGAGACGUGAUGCUGGAGAACUUCCGGAACCUGGUCUCAGUGGGGCAUCUGUCCUUCACUGCAGAUGUCAUCCCCCAGUUAGAGAGAGAAGAAACGCUUUGCCUGAUGAGAACAGCGACCCAGAGCCGCAGCUCCUCAGGAGACAAGAGUCUAAGUAACAUGGAGGUUAUUCAAGAAAUUGGAUUAAGGUAUCUGCCACAUGAAGAAUUUUUCUACUCACAAAUCUGGCAACAGGUUACCAAGGGUUUAACUAGAUGUCAAGAUUCCACAGUAAACAUUCAAGGAACUGGCUCUCCAUUGGAAAAACAAGGUGAUGCGCCCUAUAGAUAUGAGGGAUUCGGUAAAGGCUUUAAUCAGAGUUUGCAUCUUCAGGUUCACCACAGAGUCCACAGUGCAGAAAAACACUCCAAAGGAGAGAUGUGCAAGAAAAGUUUUAUUCAGGACUCUUGUCCUCAAAUUAAUAAGACGGCCGAUGCGGGAGAGAAGCCCUAUAAAUGUGAAAAAUGUGAAAAUGCCUUCCAUCGGUUUUCAAGUCUUCAAGCCCAUCGGAGAGUCCACAGUAGAAAGAAAUCGUAUAAAUGCGAUACAUCAUGUAAGAGUCUUAGUCAGAGGUCACAUCUUCAUCAUCAUCAGAGAGUUCUUACAGGAGAAAAUCCACACAAAUUUGAGGAGUGUGGGAGAAAUGUUAAGCAAAGCUCACAUUGUCAAACUUCUCUGAUAACCCACACAUCAGAGAAACCCUAUAAAUGUGAGGAGUGUGGAGUGGGCUUCAGUCAGAGUGCAUAUCUUCAAGCCCAUCAGAGAGUUCACAUGGGAAAGAAACCUUACAAAUGCGAAGAUUGUGGGAAGGACUUCCCUUGGCAUUCACGACUGCAGGCUCAUCAGCUAAUGCACACGGGCGAGAAACCAUACAAAUGCAAUACAUGUGGCAAGGGUUUUCGUUGUAGCUCACACCUUAAUGCUCAUUGUAGAAUCCACACAGGAGAGAAACCCUAUAAAUGUGAGGAGUGUGGGAAAGGCUUCAUUGCACGCUCACAACUUCAAGUCCAUCAGAGAGUCCACACUGGAGAGAAACCAUACAAAUGUGAGAGGUGUGGGAAGGUCUUCGGUCAGGCCUCAAAUCUCCUAGACCAUCAAAAAGGCCAUACUGGUGAGAAACCACAUCAGUGUGAUGCCUGUGGGAAAGGCUUCCGUCGGAGUGCAGAACUGAAGGCUCACUGUAGAAUCCACACAGGAGAAAAACCCUAUAAAUGUGAGGAGUGUGGGAAGGGCUUCAGUCAGGCCGCAAAUCUUCGAGACCAUCAAAGAUGCCACACUGGAGAAAAACCACACAAAUGCGGUACCUGCGGGAAGGUCUUCAUUCGGAGUUCAGAAUUGAAGGUUCACUGUAGAAUCCACACAGGAGAGAAACCCUAUAAAUGUGAGAAGUGUGGGAAGGCCUUCAUUCAGUCCUCAAGUCUUCAAGUGCAUAAUAAGAGAGUCCACACGGGAGAGAAACCGUAUCAGUGUGCGGAGUGUGGGAAGAGCUUUAUUGUAGGGACACAGCUUCAUCUCCAUCAGAGGGUCCAUACUGGAGAGAAACCAUAUAAAUGUGAGAAGUGUGGUAAGUUCUUUACUAGGAGCUCAAACCUUCAAGCCCAUCAGAGAGACCACUCUGGAGAAAAGCCGUACAAAUGUGAGGAGUGUGGGAAGGGCUUUAGUGUAGGGUCACAGCUUCAUAUCCAUCAGAGGGUCCAUACUGGAGAGAAACCAUAUAAAUGUGAGAGGUGUGGCAAGUUCUUUCGUAGGAGCUCAUACCUUCGAGCCCAUCAGAGAGUCCACACUGGAGAAAAGCCGUACAAAUGUGAGGAGUGUGGGAAGGGCUUCAGUUGGAGCACAAGUCUUAAAAUUCAUCAGCGAGUUCACGCUGAUGAUGAGGGUGAUAAAGACUUUCCCUCAUCGGAGAACUCAUACAAGAAAGAAGCUCGGUAAAAUUACAUGUUUUCAUACCUCAGAAUGGGUGCUAAAAUAGUCCAGUGAUCAGCCCUAUUAUAGAAAACAAAAAUUUCUUUUGAAAGAGUCAGUACUUCAGCCAGAGCUCAACAUGUCGCAGUGGUUGGGUGACCACAGCAGAGAAGCCUCGUGAGAGUGGAGACAUAAGGACUUCAUGCAGAACCUUGACAGUUAUCAGAUAUUACACAGAAGAGAGGCAUAGAAAGGAUGGGUCUGAUCUGAAAUUAACCAACAACACGAAGAUGAAAUGCUAGAAACUCCUCUGUUGGAGACCUGACAAGGCUCGGUCCCCUACCCACUCAGAAUGUUCCC